AUGACUCCUUCCAUACUUAUCGUCGGCGCCACCGGUAAUACUGGCCGAGCGGUCGCCCAAACACUUGCCGGCGUUGCUUCAAUCCAGCAGCUCCUUGUCCGGGCACCGCGAGUUGAAGUUAUCGAGCAGAACUGGGCUGAGAUCACCGCGGACUGGCUCCACGAACACCAAGUUGCCAGAGCGUUCAUUGCAUCACACGUCGAGCCCAGCCAGUUCGCCGAAGAGUCGACCUUCCACCUCAAUACGCUCAAUGCCGGCGUGAAGUAUGUCGUGCGCAUCUCAACUACGGCUGCAAAUGUCCGCCCGGACUGUCCCGCCUACUAUCCCCGGCAGCACUGGGCCAUCGAGGCUCUCCUCGGCUCACCCGAGUUCGACCGCUUGCAGUGGACCUCCCUUCAGCCGAACAUCUUCUCGCCGCUCAUCAUGUCCCCUGCUGUGGAUUUCAUCAAAAAGUUCCGUGAGACUGGACAGCAGGAUACACUUCGGUUGCUGCUGUCAAAGGACGCACCCGUCGGCGUUAUCGAUCCCGACGAGAUUGGUGCUAUUGCAGCUCAUCUCUUGUCUCUGGACGACACUUCCACCCAUAACAAGGCCAAAUACGUUCUGAAUGGACCCGAGGAUAUAAAUGGGAUGCAGAUUGUUGCAAAGGUUGAGCAGCACAUUAGUACGCCCGUCAAGGAUGUUAGUUACAUGGGCGUCUCGUUCAUCGACAUGAUGUACGAGUACAAGUAUGCAGCAACCAAGGAAUCGAAGAACGUCAUCUACUCAAUCAAGCGGGCACCCGAGACAGCGUGGGAAGGCAAAUGCUCGGCUUCUACGACCAGCCCAGAGAUCUUGAAGAUUGCUGCUCCAAAGUGUACACCUGCGGAUACGCUCAAGACCUUAUUGGAGGGCUAA